UCGCGAAAGUUCGCAAAGUGUCAGAUAUUUGCUAAAACUUCAGUUGUCUUCGUGUUUUUUAUCGUGUGCUCUCUGUUUUGUUUCUUAAUUUUUCGAGGAUUAUUCGGCCACUAAAACAUAAAGCUGGUGAGACGGAGUGCGGAUGUCUUCGGGGAAGAAGAAGAGCUCCUCAUCGUCGGGGGGUGGUUUGCGGAUACUCUGGAUUCCAGGGCGCAAGAAGCACAACUACAAGGGACGCUAUGAGCCAACAAACAAAGGGCAGGCACACGGUGGGCAGCACGGGAGGAAGAUUGAACCAUGGUCACUGGGAGGAAGCAAAGGGCAGCGGGAUUUGAUAAAUUCAGACGACAUGCCGGGCACUUCGGAUGUGCCUAGCGUGGCAAAUAUGCUGCCAUCGACGUGUAUGAUUGGUGCUGCAGCAGGUGGCGGUGGAGGGGAAAUAGAAGCCCUCAAGGAUCCAUCAAAGUUGGAAACAGUGAAGGAGGAGGACGAUCGAGAUCAUGAGCAUGGCUUUCCGGAGGGCGGAAGCAAUACAGCCACACUCAUUCUCAAGGAUCGCAAAAAUGGGAGCUGCGUCUCGAAAACGGAUGAUCUGGACACAAUUGAGAAUCUGAGUGAAGCUGAGGGGACCAAGAAGUCCACAAAUGAUCUGACGGAUGGUAUUUUGUAUCCCAAUUCUGUGCCAAGUCGGAGGAAGGGGGAGCGGAAGAAGAAGAAGAAGGACAAGGAGAAGGAAGACGAGGGUGAGGAGCCCAAUGAGAAGUGUGUCACAUGCCUCUACUACACGCUUAUGUGCUGUGAAUGUACAAUCUCUUGAAAAGGAUAUUUUCUCAACAUUUACUUUUUUAAAUUAACUUAUAAAUUCAGUAGAAAUUUAGGGAGAGAAAUCUCUAUGUAGGAUGAUUUGGGAAGUUUGUCUUUUUAAUUGAGGAAAGCAUGCAGAAAAUUCGACGGUUAACAUUCCAAGUAUACACAGUAUUUAUAGAGAGAGAGAGAAGGGAGAGGAAAUUUGAUAAAAAUUUUAUAUAAAUUUAAUGGAAAAUUUAAUGUGAAAAUUUUCCCAUCUAUAGCAAUUGUCCAACAUUGUACAAAAAAAUAAGGAGAUGAAGGAAAUCUAAAUGAGAAUUUAUUUUUUUUAUAUAGAAAUUUAAGAAUCCUCCCAUGCGCAGUUUAUAUAUGAGAAAAUCCUCCGAUUUUUCUAUGAGCUAAUGUAGGUACAUUUUCCUGUGCAUUUAUCCACAAACAACGGUCUAACAAUCAAAAAAAAUAUGUGAAGGGAAUAUUUUUUUUAUAAAAUACUUUUUUAUACAACAUAUUAAAAAGCCCAGGAUGGAAGUUUCGUAUUUAAAAAAAAAUACAAAAUGUGAAAUGAAAUAGAAAUUGCAAUAAAAUUAUUUUAUUUAUAAA